AUGUAUGUCUUUCUCAGUCAGCUGUCCUUCUCUGACAUCUUACUAACGUCAACCGUCACCCCUAAAAUGCUCCAAGUGGUGAAAGACCAAGAAGGCAUCAUAAAUGUCACCGACUGCCUUGUACAGCUCUUCUUCUACAGUGGUACAACGACAGCCGAAUGUCUUCUCCUCACAGUCAUGUCUUAUGACCGAUAUCUGGCCAUCUGCAAACCUCUACAUUACAAUUCCAUCAUGAAUAUAAAGUUCUGUUUAUAUCUGACCCUUUGGCCCUGGCUGAUAGGUUUCAUGGUAGCUUUAGUAUUAGUCUUGUUUGUUUACAGCUUUAUAUUUUGUGGUCCUUACGUCAUGGACCAUUAUUUGUGUGACCUUGCUCCUCUUCUACAGUUGACUUGUUCCAAUCAUUCCACCUUGGACAUCUUAGAUUUCAUCUUGACCAUACCAUUUAUUAUUUUUCCAUUUUUUUUCAUAUCAUUCACAUAUAUCUCAAUUUGUAUGAAUAUCCUCAAGAUUUCUUCUACCUCUGGAAGGAGAAAAGCUUUUUCCACAUGCAGUUCUCAUUUGAUUGUGGUGAGUACCUACUAUGGGACGCUGAUGAACGUCUACAUGGUCCCGUCAGAUCUAUACUCCUACAAUAUAAACAAGAUUGUGUCUCCUCUGUACACAGCCGGGACGCCAUUGUUGAACCCCAUAGUCUACAGUCUGAGGAAUCAAGAGAUCAAAGCUGCUCUGAGUAAACUUCUUUCUUCCUUGUUCACAAGGAGAACAUUUGGACAAAUCAUGAAGACAAACGGCUGA